AUGGGUAAGGGCAAGAACAAAUCUAGUGAGGAUAGGAAUACAUCUAGCUCACGCACAUCCAACGGUCACAAAUCAAAGCAGCACCAUAUUCGUAAAGGUCGCCAGGAGCUAGGCUCAUCGUCUAUUGUCCUAGAUGCCUCUAAUGGCUCCAAUCUAUCCUCUCUGAGCAGCAGAAAGUUUCCUACUAAAUUAGCAAUGUGGGAUUUUGACCACUGUGACCCAAAACGGUGCAGUGGAAAAAAGCUCGAGCGUCUUGGUCUUAUUAAGAAUCUACGCGUUGGUCAAAAAUUUCAAGGUAUCGUUGUCUCACCCAAUGGGAAAUCCACUGUGUGCCCAGAUGAUCUUGAAAUUGUAGAGUCGCACGGUGCAGCUGUGGUUGAAUGUUCGUGGGCUCGUUUAGAUGAAAUCCCUUUUGGGAAAAUUGGAGGAAAGCACGAGAGAUUAUUACCUUAUCUUGUUGCUGCCAACCCUGUGAACUACGGUAGACCAUGGAAAUUAAACUGUGUCGAGGCAUUGGCAGCAUGUUUUGCUAUUGUUGGGCAUAUGGACUGGGCAGAAUUGCUCUUAGAAAACUUUAGUUGGGGCUUGACGUUUUUAAAAAUCAAUAAAGAGUUGUUGACUGUUUAUCAAAAGUGUACAUAUUCAGAAAGUAUAUUGAAAGCACAAGAUGAGUGGUUGAAGAAGAUUGAAAAAGAAGCCAAGGACAGAAAAGAAAGAGCAAAGAAUGAGGAUGUCUGGAUGUUGGGUAAUGUCAACAGAAAAGGUGUUCAGAGUGACAACGAUAAUGAUGAUGAAGAACUGGAAAUAGAAGAGGAUAAAGAAGAAGAAGAAGAAGAUGAUGAUGAACUGGAAGUAGAAGAAAGUGAAGUUGAGUAUGACAAUUUGGGAAAUAUCAUUAAGAGAAAGCAAGGAAAUGACCAGUUAGCGGAUAAUCAUUUUAAUGAUGAAGAUGAUGAUGAUGAAGAAGAAGAUGAAGAAGAAGAAGAGAGUGAAGUUGAGUAUGAUAAAUUGGGUAAUAUUAUUGAAAAAAAGCGGAAUGGAACGCCGAAAAGCUUGCUACUGCCGACAAAUUCGAAUACAGAAGAAGAAGAAGAAGUAGAGGAAGAAGUACAGUAUGACAAGUUGGGAAAUAUAGUACAGUUGACGAAGGGUGUGAAGGCACUUAAUGUAUAG